ACAAGAGUCUCACUGUUUUUAGUUGCUUGUGGUUGGCUCGUUGCAGGGAAGCAAGCUUUAAAAGAAUAGCUCUAAAGGCAACGGGGACGACAUCCCUCGUGUGCGCUAAUUAUAUCCUCCAUCUCGCAUAUUCCACUUAUAUGUAGAGAAGGAGGCAAAAUCAAAACCCUAGCUAUAGAGAGAGAUGGCUUCAGGUAUUUCUUCCUCAAAAAAAGCAUUCUUGUUCAUCGUAAUCACGAUCGCCAUCAUCGACUUUGCACUCCGGGCUUCCUCAGCGAUCGCCGCAGACGACAGCAGUCCAAAUGGUGGAGACCUGGUGUCGGCAGCCUGCAGUCACGCUUUGUACUUCGACAUUUGCGUAGCUUCACUCCGAUCCGACCCUCGCACCAACACGACAGUCGAUCUCGCAGGGCUCGCCACCAUUGCGCUGGACCAGAGCAUCACCCAUGGUGAGCGAACCUUGUCGGUCAUCGUCGAUUCACUGAGGGCCAAUGGUUCUUCCACUGACAAUCACUCCGUAUUGAGAUGCUUGAGCGACUGUGAGGAGGAAUACUACAAUGCCGUCGAGAGUCUCAAGGAGUCGGCGCAGGCCAUGAAGGAGAGGGAGUUUGACACGGUGAACUUGCUCGUGUCGGCUGCCAUGACAGACUCCGACACGUGCGAGGAUGGGUUGAAGGAGAUGGCGAUCCACGACUCUCCAUUGAGCGAGAGAAAUGAGCGGUUUUUCAAGCUGUGCAGUAACUUUCUGGCGAUUUCAAGGCUUUUGAUUUGAUCCAUUAUGUCAUCUUAUCUUUAAUUUGCUCGAACCUAUAAGUUUACAACGUGUAAGAACUAUAUUUGCCUGGUAAUCUGGUGUUCAUAUAUAGUAAAUGAUGGUCUAAAUUCACAUUUUCCUGCUAAUGUUAGCGGUUAUAC